UUAAACAGAACAAACGCUUAUAUCAUGAUUCAAUAUGAUUUGAAGAAAAUGCAUUUUUUUCAUUAAAAAAUGUUUCUCAGUGUGUAUGUGUGUAUAAAAUAUAUGUGUGCGCGCGAGUGUAUGUGUGCAGGAGCAUCACAUUUAAUUCAUCGUUUCCUAAAAAUAAUUUUCAAUUAUUUUUGUGGCGCGCCUUGAUUACGUCACACGCUUUAUAGAGCUGUUGUGAUGAUUUAACGUGUGCGUCUUGGUAUUCAACACAUGCGCCGGAAAUGAUCUACAGAAUCGUAACUAUACGACCAGGCUCGUCAUCCGCGCCCACGAUCGCGAAACGUGGCACGUCAUUCGUUGUCCCCGUACGAGCCGACGAGCAAUUUUAACAUUUAUAACGGAAACGUACGUUUUGUUAUAAAUACGUACUUUGCUAUUUAUAGUCGCACAGCGCAAAAGUUUCAAGUUGCCGCUUGUCGCAAGGCUCGCCGAGCUCGCCCAAGAGAGAGAAACGACUCGCGUGAUCGAACCUGGUUGUUAGAGGAAGCUAGAAGCAGGAAACCUCGGAGCUCGUUUUCGUGCCAUGCGCAUUCUCCUAUAGAUACCGUUAAAUAUUUAGCUCGUCCGUUCAGUGCAAGUUUUAGUCGUGGUGAUGAGUCGUCGCUUGUCGUUCUCCGCGUCGAGCUCUGUUCAAUCACUACUGUUACGCGAUCCAUAAAACGCUCAAGCGAUUCGGUCAUCUCUUUGUUGGGAACGGCGGAUUUUCCCUCGCACGCGUCUGUCGCAACGCAGUUCAACUUCUGGUCUAACAACGGAUUAAAAUGAGUUUUUUCCGUGUUUUUUCUUCGACAUUACAUUUAUCCGAUUGAAUUAACAAGGUAUGUGAGAGUCAACGUGAAGCACGAGAGUCAACACGACAGAUAUUUCAUCCGUGAUCGGCGAAAUUAAAACGGGAAAAUUAAAAGAAAGUGCAGUGAACAGAUAACGCGUGUGCUCAAACGGGAUCGAAUGACACUCGAGACUCGGUGACGUUGUUUCUUCUUCAUUUUUAUUGUACGCACGCAAGCGAGGGCUUGCGCUUCGAAUCAUCGUUUUAUCUCCAUCCCGCCGUGAUGACCACCACCCUGACGCAUUGUUCGCCGUCACGAUCGUCUCUGAGCUGCUGUCAGAUCGAUCAUAGCAGCCAGGACGACAUGCGAGGCCCGGCUAUCGUAGGCAACAACAAUUAUUUCUUACAACGGGAGAAGCACUCCUUCCCGAAGAGACCUGAGUUCGACCUGUCGUUCCGCGACAUACGCUACCACAUCAAGGAAUGGAGCAUACGCGAUUUUUCAAUCAGCCAGAAAGAAAUUCUGCACGGCAUUAGCGGCGAAUUUAAGUCCGGCGAAUUAGUUGCUAUAAUGGGGCCGUCCGGAGCCGGAAAAUCGACGUUGCUGAAUGCUCUUGCCGGUUUCACGGUAAAGGGUGUGAGCGGAGAAGUUCGGGUCAACGGUAAGAUUCGAGUACCACAGAGCGAACGAUGGAAGAGGACGUCGUGUUACAUACAGCAGAACUCCAUUCUCAGAACAUGCCUCACCGUGGGAGAAGCCAUGACUUUAGCCGCUCAUUUGAAACUCGGCUGCACGAUCAGCUCCGCUUUUAAGCACACUCAGGUUUUAGAGUUGUUGGAGAUGCUAGGGCUGAGCCAUUGCUACGACACGUUAUGCGGAAAAUUAUCGGGAGGACAGAAAAAGAGGCUCGAUAUCGCUUUAGAACUCCUAACUAAUCCUUCAGUAUUAUUCCUCGACGAGCCAACAACUGGUCUGGAUUCCUCCUCGUGCAGCCAAUGCGUCGCUCUCAUGAAACGAUUGGCGGAAUUAGAAAGGCGUACGGUAAUCUGUACGAUUCAUCAGCCGAGCGCCUUGCUCCUGGAGAUGUUCGAUUCUCUCUACGUGGUGGCCGAUGGUCACUGCAUAUACAGAGGCCCGGUUAGAUCCUUGAUACCGCACCUGGCUUCCAUCGGCGCCCAUUGUCCAUCUUAUCACAAUCCAGCGGAUUUCGUCCUCGAGGUGGCGAUCGGCGAAUACGGAAUUGAGCUCGAUAAGCUGGUGGCGGCGGCGGAAACGAUACAGAACGAUCAAAAGGAGGUCGUCCUUACCCCUAGGCAGCUUGAAGAAACAGAUAAAAUUAAGGAACCACCACCUCCUGCCGGUUUCCUCACACAAUGCUACCUUUUAUACAAGAGGCAACUUCUAAGCUUGAAAAGAGACUACUCUUUACUGCUGGCGCGACUGCUCUGUCACUUGUUGAUUGGCGUAAUUUUCGGAUAUCUGUACAUGGGAAGCGGUUAUCGAGCUAAUGCCUUGGCAAAUUAUGUUUAUUUAUACGGAUCAUUGCUGCUUCUCGUCUACACUGGAAAAAUGGCUGUCACUCUCGCCUUUCCAUUGGAGAUGCAGAUUCUCAUGAGGGAGCAUUUCAAUCGCUGGUACCGAUUAGCACCGUAUUACAUCAGCAUAUUGCUGGUCGAGAUUCCUUUCCAGGCAGCGUGUGCGGCGUCGUAUCUGGUGGUGAGCUACUGGUUGACCGGGCAGCCCGCAGAAACGAAUCGUAUAAUAUUGUUUAUGGUAGUCAGCAUAGCUGCCAGUCUGACGGCGCAAGCUUGGGGUUUCUUCAUCGGUGUUACUACGCCGGUUAAGAUUGCAGUCUUCAUUGGACCGAUAAUCGCAGUGCUAUUCUCCAUCUUCGGCUUCUGUAUACGUUACUUUGAUACGCCGCGCCUGUUUCGUUGGAUGUUCCACAUAUCGUACUUCCGUGCGGGUUUCCACAGCUUAAUAUAUACUGUAUACGGAUACGACAGAAAGGACUUGAAGUGCGAUGAAUUUUAUUGUCACUUCAAGAAACCCAGCAAAUUCCUCGCUGAGAUGGACAUCAACGACGUGAAUGUGGUCAAUAAUCUGGUACUCAUCCUUGGCAUCGGGGUACUGAUGCAUCUUCUAACAGCUAGCGCGCUUUGGUGCAAACUUAACAGAAUCGUAUAUAUUUGAAUUGUAUUAAUUAUGAUAGACGCUAUAAUAGACGUUAACUAUUUUGCAAAAAGUGAUGAUAUUCGAGGAUUAAAAUGGCAACAAUUAAAAUAUCAAAACUGCUGAAUUAAAAUUGUAUCUUACAUUUCAAGAUCUGCUUGGAUUUAUUUACGUACACUGAGGAAAAAAGUCAAAGUAUUAGCAUGCAAAAAUGUUACUUGUAAAGUUUUCUUCAAUAUAUAUUAGUUAUACAAAAUUUAAUUAUGAAAUAUACAUUCGUAUGAAAUCUCUCAUUUUUUAAAAUAAUUAGUUUAUUUGCUAGAAAUAAAAUUUUAUUUCGCCAAAUUUAAAUAUUUAUUUCAAUGAUAAAAUAUUAUAAUAAAUUUAUAUCCUACAAAUAAAUUUGAAAGUCUUUUUUUUCAGUGUACUAUUUACGUUAUGUUUACACACAAAUUUUUUUCAUAUAUAGGCAAUACAAACAAUAUAAAUUAUUAUAAAUUCGAUAACACAAUAUAAAAAAAGUAAUUAAUUUAAGUUAUAAGAUUGUUAACGCAUUUAACUUUACUAUUGAUAAAAUAUUAAGAAUUAAACGUAAUUUAAUUUUUACCAUUUCUGUUGAAAUUUGAAGCUUCGAUGAUCUUUAGAUUAUUGUUUAUAUCGUAAUAGAUUAUUUAUAUUUUACAUAUAAACGUGCAAUCUUGUUGAAUAAAAUUUAGAUAUGUAUAUAAGCUUAAAUGAUAUUUAAAAGAUAAAUAAGACAUGACACAGCGUUCCUUAAGCGCCGCUAUUAUAAUUUAUAAUUGUAUUUAACGCCUUAAAACAUACUAAAUAAUGACGUAAUAGUUAAAACUUUAAUGUUUAUUUAAUUCGCAUUUUUAGUAUUAUUUAUAAAUAUGUAAAAUUAUCUAAAUAUAUUUAUAUGUAAAGGUUUUAUUAUUUUGCAUUCUCUAUAUAUAAUAUUUUAUCAUAGGAAAUACGAUCUUCUUUUCUGAAAGAACAUAAGCGAUUGUAUUUUAUAAAAAAAAUAUAAAGCGGAAAUAAAUAAUUUCUAAUCGUCGAAUUUUUCCAAGAGGGAGUGGUUCUUUUUUUAUACUGAUUUACUGUUAGUGUCGUUUUUUGUGAUGAAAGAAUGAAAUAUAUUUAUAUACAAAUUAAA